UCACCUAAUCAAUACAGGCAUCGGAUCCUCCUCUGCUCUGCCGCUCUGGAGAGAGUGAGGCGUCGACUCUAGCUCGACGCAGCAGGCGCCCCCUAGUCGCCACCCCUGCCGCUGCCAAGGAGACCUCCCCCGCCCUGCAAAUCAUCUCACGAAGGAGACCUCCCCCGCCCUGCAAAUCAUCAGAAUGUUUCAACAAUUGGAUUAAAAAUGUGAAGGAGUUGCCUGCAGUUGAUCUCAUGGACAUGCUCAGGGUGAUGAUAAUGGAGAAGAUUGCUACAAGACAGUCCAUAGCCAAUAAAAUGCAAGGCCACAUCCUACCUAGUGUAGUUAAUGAUCUGCAUGAGAAGAGUAGGAAUCUUCGAUAUACCAUCACUAAAAGUGGGUACAUGAAGGGUGAGGUUUCUGGUGCUAGUAGAGAUGGUGUUGCUUGGAGAUAUGGAGUAAACCUUGUUACUAAGGCUUGUUCAUGUGGACAGUGGGAUGUAACCGGAAAACCAUGCACUCAUGCCAUAGCAUUCAUAACUUCUCAACGAAAUUUGAGAAUCGAGGACUAUGUUGGAGAAUGUUAUUCGGUUCAAAGGUUUAAAGAUGCAUACCAAUUUGAGGUGUAUCCAAUGGGAGACAGGUUACAGUGGCCGAAAUUGGACCCAGGAUUCGAAAUGAGGCCACCAAAACUUGAGGGCAGGCCUGCUGGCAGACCAAGAAAGAAAAGAAUCAAGAGUGCUGGAGAGCCAGGUAAGAGAGGGCCAUAUCAAUGCAAGAGGUGCUUCCAGUAUGGCCACAUUGAAAAAGGAUGCAAAAAUCCAGUGGUGGAGCCACAUGAAGACCUUCCAGACAACCAUUUGCAGAGAAAGACAAAAAAAGGCACCAAAAAAAAGGAAGAAAAGUGAGCCAGAACAGGCUUCAACUUCACUUGUUCAAAUAUCGCCAUCUAGUUCUGGACCAAUGACAAGGAGAAGGGUGGCGAUGUCCCCAACCUGCAGCUCACCUUCAGCCAGCAAGCAAGGAGAAGCACCGACUUCAAGCAAAAGGAGAUUAAUUAUCUAGCUGACUGUGAUGGAUUGUAUGUCAUUUGCAUGUGUUUGCUACUUAUGCGAUGGACGUGUAAGCCAUAUAUUGUAUUUUAUUGUUAGAAUCAGGCACCCCUGAAUUAUAUUGUUGCAAAGUAUCGAUUGGGAGA